UGGUCUAUGGUUGUCUUGAAGCAGGCAGAGCUCGGGAGGCCCCUUCAACUGCUUCCUCAUAGGGUUCAUGCUGGCAGGGAUUUACUGGAGUAGCUGUACACGUCUGGAGAUCUGCAAACCAAACCCCCAAUUUCAUCGAUACAUAAGACAGCUGAGGGAAAUUCUCCAUGAAUGUACGUCACAAUGAUGAUGACCGACCAAAUCCCGUUGGAACUACCACCCUUGCUGAAUGGGGAGGUGGCUAUGAUGCCUCAUAUAGUGAAUGGGGAUGGAUCACAACAGGUUAUUCUGGUUCAGGUUAACCCUGGCGAAACAUUUACAAUAAGAGCAGAAGACGGAACCUUACAGUGUAUUCAAGGUCCUGCAGAGGUUCCUAUGAUGUCUCCUAAUGGAUCCAUCCCACCAAUACAUGUUCCACCCGGUUACAUCUCACAGGUGCUAGAAGAUAGCACAGGUGUCCGGCGAGUGGUGGUCACACCCCAAUCUCCAGAUUGCUACCCUCCCAGUUACCCAUCAGCCAUCUCCCCGACACAUCAUUUACACCCCUAUUUAGCACAGCAUCCUCAUUUUCUUCAUAAUUCACAUUCCCCUUUUUACCCACAAGUUACAGGACAUGGGGACAUACCACCCCAAUUCUUCCCACAUCAUCUUCCACCUACAAUAUAUGGAGAGCAAGAAAUUAUACCACUGUAUGGCAUGUCCAGUUAUAUUACACGAGAAGACCAGUAUUGUAAACCACAGCACAAAAAGCUCAAAGACAGACAGAUUGACCGACAGAACCGGCUGAACAGUCCGCCAUCGUCUCUAUACAAAAGUCAUCUGGGGAACUGUACUACGGUGUACAACGGCAAUGGAAAACCUCAUAAUAUGGCAAGCUAUGGAAGUGUAAGCACAGUCACGGGAAUAAAAAAAAUUGAACGUAGGGCUAGGAGUAGCCCAAAGUCCAACGAGCAAGAAACACAAGAUUAUGAAACUGAGGUAAAGAAAGCCCAAGAUGUUCUUUUGGGGAUUGAUAAAUUAAUGGUUUCUAACAUACAGUCAAGAACAGCUUUAGUCACAUGGUCUCCACCCAAUGGCUGUAUAAGUGGAGAUAAGCACAGUAAUGGCCUCUCGCAUGUAUGCAGUUAUGAGGUUGCCUUAUCAGACAAAGGGAGAGAUGGGAAAUAUAAAGUCAUUUACAGCGGAGAAGAAUUAGAGUGUCAUUUGAAAGACCUCAGGCCAGCGACAGAAUAUCAUAUAAGAGUGUAUGCAAUGAAUACAUCAGUAAAGGGAUCCGGUACAGAGCCUGUCAGCUUCACCACUCAUAGUUGUGCACCUGAAUGUCCUUUCCCACCUAAACUUUCUCACAGAACCAAAAGCGCACUAUCGUUACAAUGGAAGGUUCCAAUUGAUAACGGUUCAAAAAUCACCUGCUACCUUUUACAGUGGGAUGAGGGAAAAAGAAAUAGUGUGUUUAGAGAGUGUUAUAUGGGCAGCCAGAGGCACUGCAAGUUAACAAAGCUUUGUCCAGCAAUGGGAUACACGUUUAGAUUAGCAGCACGAAAUGACAUUGGCAAAAGUGAUUUUAGCCAGGAGGUCAUAUACUACACUUCAGGCACUAUACCCCCAACGCCGUGUGCACCUAAGCUUAUACGAGCUGGAAUUACAUGGAUAACCUUGCAGUGGAUAAAGCCAGACGGAUGUUCUCCUGAAGAGUUGGUUACAUACACCUUAGAAAUGCAGGAAGACAAUGACAGUGUAUUUCAACCCACAUACACUGGAGAAGAAUUAACAUGUACUGUGAAUAAUCUCCAAAGAAGCACACAAUAUAAAUUUAGGCUUAUUGCAUCUAAUGUUGAAGGAAGUAGCAACCCAAGUGAAAUAUUAGUGUGUACCACAAGCCCUGAUAGGCCAGGACCACCCACACGGCCUGUUGUGAAGGGAGCCAUAGCUGCACGCGGAUUCACUGUUCAAUGGGAUCCUCCUGAUGACAGCGGAGGCUCAGAAAUUCUAAAAUACCUUUUGGAGAUUACUGAAGGAAAUUCUGAAGCAAAUCAAUGGAAGGUGGCCUAUAGUGGAUCUUCAACAGAGUAUACCUGUCAUGACUUGAAACCAGGCACUUUAUACAAACUACGUGUAUGCUCCAUUAGCACAGGGGGACACAGCCAGUGUUCUGAGAGUCAGCCUAUACGCACUUUGAGUGUUGCACCAGGUCCCUGUCAGCCACCACGAGUUCUAGGGAAACCCAAGCACAAAGAAGUCCAUCUACAGUGGGAUUCCGCUGUAACAGAACCUCCGUGCCAAGUUGUGGAGUACAGUUUAGAAAUCUCAGUACCUGGAGGAGAUGCCACUGAAGUCUAUCAUGGAUGUGACUUAGAGUGUACAGUCAGUGAGCUUCUUCCUGGAACUACUUAUCAUUUCAGAGUACGAGCUUUGAAUGACGGAGGUUACGGUCCCUAUUCAGAUGCCACAGAGAUUACAACUGCAGCUGGACCACCUGCACAGUGUCGGGCACCAGUCCUGUCCUUUUUGUCUGACACAUGUGUACUUGUAAACUGGGAGAGUCCUGAGAGCAAUGGAGCAGACAUCUCAGAAUACAGACUACAGUGGGCAAAAGGAGAAGAGGUUCCAGAUUUAGUUUACAGUGGCAUGGAAACCAGUUUUCAAGUGUCUGAUCUGACACCAGCAACUCAGUAUUCCUGCAGAUUACAGGCUGUCAAUCUUUCUGGUGCUGGACCUUUCAGUGAUACAGUAAGCUGUAGUACUCCAGCAUCGGUACCAGACACUGUAUCUAACCUUUAUGUAAUGGAUGAUGCUCAUCUAGAAACCUGCACAAUCCUAACCUCAGUCCGUCUCCUGUUAAGCUGGGAAGAGCCGUGCAGCAAUGGAUCUGAAAUAAUUUCGUACAAUAUUAACAUGGGGGAUGUUACCAUCUCUGUCGGGAACGUAACAAGCCACAUUAUUGAAGCUCUGCUGCCAGAAACAUCCUAUCAGAUUCGAAUACAGGCAGUGAAUGAUAUUGGAGCUGGCCCUUUCAGCCACUUUAUCAAAGUCAAAACAAGUGCACUACCGCCGUUACCGCCUCGGUUAGAGUGCGCAGCGGCAGGACCACAGAGCCUCAAAUUAAAGUGGGGAGACAGCAGCUCCAGGACGCAGUUAUUUGAAGAUAUUGUUUAUAUUCUUCAAAUAGAGGACAAAAACAAAAGGUUUCUUCCAAUUUACAGGGGACCAAGCCACACCUACAAGGUACAGCGACUGUCUGAGUUUACUUGUUACACUUUCCGAAUUCAGGCUGUGAAUGAUGCUGGAGAAGGACCAGUCUCAGAUGUCUGUACAUUCAGCACAACAAAAUCAAUUCCUCCAUCAAUUAAAGCACCUCGGGUAACACAGUUAGAAGGAAACACGUGUGAGAUCAUGUGGGAGGCAGUAUUGCCCAUGAAAGGAGAUCCUAUUAUAUAUAUAUUACAAGUUCAAGUUGGCCGUGAAUCUGAUUAUAAACAGGUAUACAAAGGAGAAGAGACAUCAUUCCAGAUUGCAGGUCUCCAAACCAACAUGGAAUACAGAUUCCGCGUUUGUGCCUGCCGCCGUUGCCUAGAUACCUCGCAGGAGCUCUGUGGACCUUUUAGCCCAUCUGUGUCUUAUACCCAAAGACGGAAUGAUUUGGCACUUCAAGGAGACGAAUCACACCUUGAUAGUUCACAACUCAAGACCAUGAUGCCUACUGAUGAACAGUUUGCAAUACUCAUCGUUUUAGGCUUUGCCACCUUGUCUGUUUUGUUUGCCUUUAUACUUCAAUACUUUUUUAUGAAGUAAAUACCCAAUGCAGGUUUGAAGUCUAAACUUAAUUAAUGCUACGCAUUAUAAUCUGCACAUUUAUUCAAAUAUUCCUUUAAAAAGAAAUAUCAAUAUCUUGAAAUCAUUUUAUAUUCAUCUUUUUUACUGUUGCAGCAAGAUACUUCAUCAGUGUUUCGAUGCACCUUUUUGAAAUGCACAACUGCAAAACAGUUAAAAGUUUUUUUUUCUGCUACUAGGGUCUGUAAAAUCAGUGUGUACUGUGGAACCUUAUGGCAGUGAAGUGGAUACUGGAUAUCUAAAUAAACUAGAUUCCAAGAGUAUAUUUUUUUCUUUAAGGUAUUGAAAGAAUAAUCAUUAGUUAAACUAAUCUUAAACAUACACAAUUUCUUGUGUUUAAUAACUUAUCGUAAAUAUAUUUCCUGCCCCUCUUAUUAGCAAAAAAGUUUUUGUCAACACGCAUGGGUGUGUAUGUAUAAUAUAAAUACAUAUAAAUGAUAUAUAUAUAUAUAAAUAUAUAUAUAUCUCAAUCAUCUUAGAUAAAAAUGUGUGAAUCUAUAAAGCCGCAAAAAUCAUUUAAAUGAAAACUGCACAACAGUUUCUACUUUAUUAAGUAAUUUUGAGAAAAAGGGUAGUGUGCAAUAGUCAAUUAAUAUAGCUGUUAAAAGCUGCUUUAAUAUGUUAUUAGUGUACAUAACGUCUCCUAGCUUACUGAGUGUAAAUCAUAAUAUACACAAUUAAAGCAACUCUAAACUUUUUUAAUUAUUGUGAAUAUAUUUUUAGAAUAUCAAGUAUUGUAUUUUAUAUAAAAUAAAGUAAAAAAUAAUGUAAAGAGUGAAUUAAAUUUUUAUUAUAUAGUCAGCAUGUUCAUACCGGUUGCUGAUUAUGAGGUAUAUUAAACAAUAAUAUAAAACACUAAAAUAAUAUGAUUUACAAAAUGUGUACGUUUUUUCAGAACUGUUUUAAGCGCCAAUUACAGUCCAUAAAUUGCAUUAAUUUGCCAAUAUGUCUCUAUCUUCUGAAGGAUAUACACAAAAUUAAAUAACAUUCAUAGAGAAUGUAGUAAUCUUGUAAUUAUUACUCAGUGCAAUACAGAAAAGUCUCCUACAAAGUGCCAUGCAAGCGAUAUUAGUGCUCUACUUUGUAAUACCAGCACUCGAUAAUGUGCGCUGGUAUUACAAGUUAAUCACAAUGUGAACGCGAGCUCGCGUUCGCAUUACUAGAAAGUAUUGUGUUCAAGAGAGCGCUCUUCCAUAGGCUCCUUUGGGUGCCUCGAUAUGAUGCCGUCACAGACGGCAUCAGAACCUUAUGCAGCAAGGGGGUAGCACAGUGAUGGGCAGUAUUUUUAAAUGUAUAUGAAUAUAUACAUAUAUAUUUAUGUGGAAAUAUGUGUAUAUACAUAUAUUAACACAUACAUAUAUAUGUAUAUAGUCAUAUACAUAUAUAUUUACAAUGCCAUCUAUGGAACACACAGUUCCCAUAGACCUCAAUGUAAAGGCACUUUUCAGUGCUGCUUUUUUUUCCCCCAACACCCCACUCCCCCCAACUUUAAAGCCCCAAAACUGCCUAGUGUUGUUUUUUUAAAAUAUAAAAACUGCAAUGCCCUCUAUUUUUAGGGCAUUUGGGGCACUUUUAGAAAAUUAACCGGAGCUAAUUGCUACGUGAGCUCACAGUAGCAAUAACCAGCCACUUGUAAUGGCUGGUUAAUUAUUGCAAUAAUUUAGCGCUCCACUUGUAAUCUAGCCCAAAGUGUUGCUAUGUGCACAGCAAACUCCCAGAUGCCAUUAGGUGGCAUACUAUAGAAAUAUGUCAUUCUUGUAAAUGCAAUGUACAAAAAUGGGUACGCUAAGGAUCUAUCCUGUAAAGGUCAGUUAUCCAGCAGCCUUUGGGCUGAAGUUGGUCAAACUUGGCUUUACUAACUAUUGCUUAAAUUACUAAACAAAACAAAAAAGCAACCGUUAUAAAACAUUACCUACGUUUUAAAACAGCUAAGUUUUACCAACUUCAUAAGAGUCAUUCACACUCCAAUCUGAGAUUAUAAAGUGCAAAAUCAGUUUAUAUUAAAAAAAUAAGUCUGCAGGUUUAAUGUAUAUCAAUGCUACUGUCAGCACAAAUGUUAAUUUUCAAUACACACCCAUGACUUCUGAACAGUGUAAGGUCUGCCUUUAAAGGACCACUAAACACAGGAGUAUAGCUUGAUCCAUAAAUGCAUAAUAAAUAGAAAACGCAAUAGCACUUAGUUUGAAUUUCACUGGAGAAGUAGAUUUUUUUCUGCCAUUUAAAAGUUAGUUUUAUUUUCCUUCCCACUGAAUUAUGUGACGGCCAUCAACCAAUCAAAAAAUGCAUAUGCGUAUAUUCUGUGAAUCUUGCACAUGCUCAGUAGGAGCAUAUAAAAAUAUUCUUCACAUUUAGACAAUAAUUGGAAAGUUGUUAAAUUUUGACAUUAGUGGGGUUUUUUUUUUAAAUAUCUCUGGCUGGCAGAUGCAUUGGUUGAAAUCUAAAUGUAUUUUAAUUUUUUGUGUUUUUUACCCGCUGAUUUUCUAUAGUUAGGAUUUAGAAACUUAGUUGAACUAAGCCUCAGGUAUGACAUUGUUAGGAACAAAUAUUUGUGUCCAUCCAUUUAUAUUUGAGACUUUUUUGUAAUUGGAUUUUUAAGCUCUUACUGUAGCAAGUCGGCAGGUGCAGCGUAUGUCACUUGAAAUCCCCAUAUUUACUCAGCUGCAUUUGACCAGUUAAGUAUUUAUUUUAUAUACUUCUAAUAGCAGGUUGGUCAUUUUUAAUUAGUAUCCAACUUGUACCGGCUUUGGAAAUGCAAGUUGAUUGGUUGUUAAUUGUGACUUUACAACUGAUUUGCAUAUUUUUCUCCUAUUUUACUCACGUUUCCUUAAGUCAGGUCAUAGUCGGUGCAACCUCACUCAAAACAGACCCCUUCAUCUUAGAAAUCAUACGUUACAAAUCUACAUUGUACACUGGCUCUGAGAAGUGAUAAAGAAGAUGCGCCUUGUUUCGUUGCAGAGCGUGAUACGUACACAGCUUUCAGACUGUGUUAUGGCAAUAAUAGCCAGAGCUUGCUUUCAUUAAACUGUUUUGUAGAGGUCGGGAAACAAACCACACCAGUUGUUCUGUCUUAGGUUUUUUCAUUUAAUUAUUCUAAUCUUUAGAUUCCUUGACAUAUAAUCUCUAUAUCUAAAGUAAAAGAUGACCUUAUUUUUCAAGGUAUAAGACAAACUAUAAAUAUGAACCCCGAUGCAUGUAAUGUUUAUUAUACAGGACUCUUAAAUUGGAAUUUAUUAUUAAAACAAGAUCUUAUAUCCCUCUUAAAAUAGUGAUUUCUUUAUAGAGUUGCUAGUUAGCUUACUGUAAUAUAUCUCUAUUGUCUAAAAUGUUAACUUUUACCCCUGCAACCAAGCUGAUAAUACUAUAUUUAACAAUCACAUUAUCCCCAAAAAUAUUGAGGUGUGAUUUAUAAUCUACAAUUUAGCCUCUAACAACAGUUGCAGUGAUAUAGCUGGCAUUGUUUAGGGCUGAUACCUAUGCUAGGCAUGCUCCUAAUGUAUUCACAGGGAGUAAGCAAGAUACCCUUUAUAAUUUGCAUUCAUUUAAAUUACAGUGUCCAGUGACUUCAAAUUAAUCUAUAAAUUAGGCAAUAUUAUAUUCACUGAUGAUAGUAAGUCUUCCCCUUGUACCUGUCCUUACAUGUAGGGCUUUUAAAUAGUUCUUUAUAUCACAUUCAAUAAUAUUGCUUACAAAAUUAGACCAAAAAAAGGUUUUAUUUGUUUACCCUAAAUUCUAACAUAUUCAGCUCAGCUGAUUCAAUACAGCUAAAUUCUGUGGAUUUUUUUAUUAUUAUUUAUCAUCAUGUUAUUUGUUAAAAGAAAAAUGAAAAGACAAAAAAAAGUACCUCAGGGAAAAUAUCAGCUGAAGGUGCAACUCAUUUCCAAAAAGGUGCAACAGACACACAACAUAUUCCCUGCUUUUAUAUAAAUAUAUAUAUUUUGUAUAUUUUUUGUUGCUUUUUUUUUUUUUUUGCAUUGUGAUAAAAUUCUUUGAAAUACGGUGUCAUAUUCCUUCAAUAUAUCUGCUUGCUACUCCCAUAACCAAAGUGAUGGGAAAACCAACAAUAUUAUGUGUUAGGGUUUAUUUUUACAUUAAAUUUGCAUACAGUACUUUAAAUGCAAACUACAGUGCAAUCUUUUUAUUUAUUGUAAAAAAAAAAAAUUACUAAUUUUUGUAGCAUGUUAUAUUUUAUGUUUUUGUAAGUUAGGUCAAUUUUACCCAGCAGCAUUUUAAGUGUUAUAUGUUUUCGUAUGUUAUCUGCAUUUUUUUUAAUCCAGAGCAUAUAAUGCCAAAUAUCACCCGUGAUUGAAACGUUUACAUGUAACCAAAUGUUCUAAUCAUCUCUUCAGAAGAAAGUUUUACGAUUCACAAAUUAUGCUGUGUGCCUAUAUCGAUGUAGCAAUUAUUAGAAAAAUUCUGUAAUAUAAAUGUAACACUAAAUAGAUUAACAUAGCUUUGCAAACUAAUGUUUAUGACAAAGUUGUGGCACGCCAUGUUUUUUUUUUUUUUUAUUUAAAAGUAUUUUUUAUGCAGAUUAUUAUACUUAUGUAUUUUGUGAACAUAAUCUAUGCCGUUGUUAAUAAAAAGAAAAUAUCUUUUUUGUAUUUUAUUUUUUAAGAAGUUAAAUCAUGCCUGUCCCUUAAGUUGAAAAAAAUAAAUAAAUUGUGAUUUUACAGUUAGUGUUUAAAGAGUGCUGCUACCUGUCAUUGUCUCCAAUCCUUAAGGAAAUUGUUGUUUGUUGGCACAUUGUGUUUCAAUUUAGGAAUGUGUUAUUUCAAAGCAGCAUUAUUAUUUAGCCAUUUUUUUUAUAAUAAUGUCACAUGUCACAAACCAAGUAGCUUAUAGAAUCAUUACACAUUCCCUGUUUGAUAUGCUAAUUAGAGUGGUGCAAAACAAUGUUUACUCUCGGAUCACAGAAAUGAUUAAUAGGCAGUAUUUUUGCCUUUCCUUUACUAGGUCAUAAAGAAAGAAUUGCAAGGUACAUAGGAUACUGUACACAUACUAUUGCUUCAAAUUCAAUUAUAAUUCACAAGUUAAUAGUGCUGCUUUGAAAAUGACAUCCUAGCUGUUCUCAUGCAGUCAUUAUUGCUGCAUUUAUCAGCACAACAAGGUGUUAGGAUUAUAUAACUGAGCGCAAACAAGCCACUACGCUGUUAUAUAUGCAACAACACAAUCGGCCAGUUUAAGGAAAAUAUCCUGUUUUUUUUUGUUUUUUUUAAUAAUUAAAUGUUUUAUACAAAUUUUUGUCCAUGAAGACAAAAUAAUUGACAGAAAGUGUAUAUUUUUAUAUUUUAAAUUUUACCACAGACAUCUACUAAUGCUGUGGCAAACACCUCUUUAGUAAUAUGUGACAAACAGGUGUUACCCAUUUGUUUCUAGAUAGCUACACGGUGACCUUGUUUGUACGCUUGACCAUUUACAAUAUACAGGCCAUCUGUGAUUAAUCACUUUAAGUGUUUGAAUGGUAUUCUUGCACAAUUCUUUAAAAUUAAAUUUAAAACAUAUUUUACCUCACUGUUGGACAUUCCAGUCAUUAAAUAUGGAAAUAAUCACAUUUUCUGAUAUUGUAAAUGUAAGACUACUUUGUAUGCAUUGUAUUAAAGCCGUUAUAUAAACUUUAAUGUAUAGAUUUUGCAAAACCAUGCUACAGUAUGUAAGACGUAACUGUACCUUUUAGUGUAUAUGUAAUAUAUUUAUGCUCAAUAAAUGUUUUACCUCCUUUUA